AAACUAUUUUAAACAAUGAAAUCGUUUUUUGUAUUUUGUUUAAAACUUAUGUUAAGGGCGCCUGUAUUCGGGUGACUACCGGUGCCAAUGUGGCCACACGUGGACAAGAAAUAACAUUCAAAUGCAGACUCAGGAGGAAUGCCCUAAAUGUGAUCGCAUGGAUGUCUGGCCAACUAAAGUGCAUUUGUUGAGCCCUGUGGACACCAAUAACAACUUCAAGGCAGUGGUGGACACGAAGUAUUUCGGACAAUACCAAUGCUUCAAAUGCUUGAGGACCUGGUUCUCAGCCCAUUCGUGGCUGGGUUUUGGCCAAAAGUGUCGGAAAUGUCAUAUAUCUACCGACGCCCACAAACUCAGACUUCUGGAGAGACCUCAAGGGAUGGAUAAGAAAAAUGACAAACGCAAGGGUCACGAGUCAUCCCUGUGCUCCCGGUGCCGGAAACUGGGCUAUAAUUGUAGCAAAACGCGUUAG